AUGAUUCCACCACGUUCACUUGGCUCAACGGCAGCGUUGCUGCUCGUGCUUCUUUUCACUACGCUCGCCUCUGCCAUCAAGUUCGAUCUGCCCUCCAACGCACACCCCCACACAAAGUGCAUCUGGAACUACGCACUUUCCGACUCGCUCGUCAUCGUAACCGCCUCGGUCGUUGCCAAAGAGCCGUUCGACUUCUCCCACCAACGCGUCGACAUCGAAGUGGUCGACGGAUCCCAACACAACAACGUCUACCUCUCCAAAAAAGCCAUCAAAGGUGAAACGCGACUUGCAAUCAACACGCAUUCGCACGCCGAUCUUGGGGUUUGCUUUAAAAACACACUAACGUCCAAGAGCGGCAAUCAAAUUCCGGUGGUCACCAUCGAUUUGGACGUCGACAUUGGUGCCGAUGCUGUCGACUACAAUGCGAUCGCAAAUCAGGAGAGCUUGAGUGGAUUGGAAACCGAGAUGCGCAAACUGGAAGCCGUAGCCAACGAAAUCGUCAACGAGAUGGAGUAUCUCAAAAAGAGAGAGCUGAGAAUGGCCGAUACCAACCUAUCAACCAACAUGCGUGUUACCAACUUUGCCAUCCUCACGCUGAUCGCCUUGAUCGCGCUCGGCGUCUGGCAAGUCUUCCACUUGAGAGGGUUUUUCAAACGCAAAUACCUCAUCGACUAA